AUGAAUUAUAACAACUACAACACGGCAGUUGUUGAAAUGCACACAUUUCAGCUUGUAGGAUGGCCCACAGGUGUCAACUUCACCAGUCCCUCGAACAUUGGGACAGUCAGUGACAUCCAGAAGCUUCAUGAUGUAUUGAAGGGCCGGUCAUGCUAC